AUUUGGUUGAUGUCCGCCUGGAGCCUUGCAGUGUCUGCAAUGGAAGACACUUGUCACGCAGAUUCGGGUGUUAUCUGCAAAGGAAGACACGGUGCUGUGGCUUACAUCCCUGUCUAUGUCAGAUAUGAGGAUGAGGAACAAGAUGGGAGUGUGUCAGGAAUAGCCAAGAGCUCUCUCCAGUACUAUGUCAUUGAUAGUAAUGAAGCCCUGGAGUUCAAACUAGUACGAUCUGUUGCUGACAUUGAUGAUGACGAGUUGGUAUUCAAACCUGACAUGUCUCACCAGAUAUAUGGAGACAGUGAACAAAUAUUUGGGUACAGUGGGCUUCGUGUCAAGCUGUAUUACAGCGCAAGCCGUCUCACAACAUACCUCGCCCACACUUUCGUAGAGAAGGUUGAUCCUGAAAAGUUUGAGGGUGUUGAGCCAGAUGAAGUUAUAAAGCCAAUAGCAGAGCGAAUCCCACCAGGAUACCUGACAAACUUGAGUGAUUUCUCUGCAGCACUACAGAAGGAUGCCUCUUUCAAACCAUUUGGGGAAAUGAAGCGAAGAUUUAAAAUACAGUUGGAAGAGGGUGAGGAAAAGACAUACGAAGUUUAUCUUUGUGAUAUCUCGGCCACAGGAUUUUUAGAUUAUCACGAGCGUAUCCAAACAUUCCUCUUGUGGUACAUUGAUGCAGCUUCCUACAUAGAUGUAGAUGAUGACAAAUGGAGAUUUUUUGUUACGUAUGAGAAGUAUCUGGUUAAUGGUAACCCUCAGUAUGCCUUUGCUGGUUAUACCACUGUCUACGAGUACUAUGCUUAUCCUGCUAACAUUCGACCGCGCAUCUCUCAGAUGUUAAUUCUCCCGCCAUUCCAGAGAUUAGGAUUAGGAAGGGAAAUGUUGGACACAAUUUACACUCAUUACAAAGAUAAUGCUAAAGUUCUAGAUAUUACAGUGGAAGACCCAUCAGACAACUUUGCAAGAUUAAGGGACUUGGUAGAUAGCAAGAAUUGUUUGAAAUUAGAUAGUUUUCAGUCCAAAAAGCUUUUAAAAGGCUUUUCAGAGGCCAUGGUAGAAGAGGCCAAGAAAAAAUUGAAGCUCAAUAAGCGUCAGGUACGAAGAGUAUAUGAAAUCCUUAGGCUACGUGUAACAGACAGAUCAGACAAGGAAGCCUACAGAUGGUAUAGGUUAGAUAUCAAGAAUCGUCUCAAUGUACAGUAUAAGAAAGAAGAUCGUGAUAUGGAAAAACUUAAGAAAGUCUUGAGACCAGAGGAGUUUGCUGCUACUAUGACUGUUACAAGUAAAGAUCAGCGUUUGGAGAGUUUGGAGCGUCAGUAUGCGGAGUUGGAGGAGCAUUAUUUGCAUGUGUUGGAGCGUUUGGCUGGUUCUGACCUUUCUUGACAAACUGGAAGUGAUCAUUUGGUUGACUGUCUUUAACUUGUUAAUUUACAGUUUGCCAAGAUUUUCUUUUUUGUCCCGAAACCUUUGAGAAUACAAAUAUUUCGUGUAGGUAAAUAAAUUUUUUUUCAGAAUGAUGAUGUCACUUAAUUAUUUUGUAUCCUAAUUUUUUGAAAUUAAAGAAAAACUGAGAUCAAUUUUGGUUAAACGUAAUGGUAAAUGCUUAUAUUACUUGAUAAUCGUGAUUGUAUACAUGUACUCUUGCAAUGCUCAGAAUGGGAUAAUGCUUGAUGAUCUUCCCCAAACAUUGUUGUCAUCUAUUUCUAUCACCUCCAAAUGAUUACAAUAAACAGGCAUUUCCAUUUUGUGGUGAAUCAUAAUGAGGACAAAAUUUGCUUUGAGUAUUCAGAGUCAUAGAAAUUUAUGAAGUUGAACUGGUGAAACACAUGAAGCGAUUAACAGGAACCUGAAGUAGGAAAAAAGUUUCAAAGCUUACCAGUUCAUUAGCCCUAAGUUAUAGAUGGCACAUGUAUGGCAGUAGAGUUUGAGAAAGAUAUUAAGUUACAACCAUAUUUUCAUCAAAAUAUUUAUUUUCAUUUGAUUGAAAGCAAAAUGUAAAGGUUGUUUUGUAUAGCUCAAAUAUUGGCCAAUAAUUGUGUACAUUGCAAAACUAAUGUAAUACAUGUAAAACUUAACUACCAACAAUUAGUUCACUGUUAUCAUAACCAGAAAACAACACUUUAUACUACAUAGUAUUACUUGCCAGAUGGAAUUAAUUGAUUUGGAAACAAAAGUACUGAUUACAUAUGCAAGUUUGUAUAAUGUUUAAAAAGAAGGCAAAUUGUAUAUACUAUUCAGUGUUUAGGUUGUGAGUCAACUUUAAUUCCUGGUAAAAAAAAAGAUAGAGAAAUCUUAGCUGAAGUGAUAAACUGGUCUACAAAAAUUAUCUUGGAUUCUAGACAAUUGAAGGUGUAGAGAUAGCUGUUGCAGUGUUCGGAAAAGUCUGUAUAGAUUUGCAUGUGCCGGUCUGCUUUGAGCUUUGGAAGAUGUAUAAUACAGUAAACCAAGAUACAUUAUAAUUUAAUUUUCAAGAAAAACAAUAGUGCACUGUACCUGAUUUUGCAUCGAUGCAGGUAUAGAUUUCUCCCUUCACAGGUCAGUAGGUUACUGUCAGUAGUACAAUAUUAUUGUAGUUUUUACUGCAUAAUUAUUUCCAUCUUUUUUCACCCUCACCUUGUUUCCAUUUUGCACUCAUGGUGUGAUGCAUUACCCUUGAAGACUGCAGCAAAAGUAAAAUAUUUUGGUUAUUUCAAAAGCCGUCCAGUUAGUUUUUUGUGCUUAGAUAGUUGUCGUUGACUUGCAGAAGCAUUGUGAAUGUGGUUGAGAGGCGAUUAGAAUUUCAUUAUGUAAAGGAUUGAUAUCAUAGGACAAAAUUUUACAGAUAAGGGACUUGUUUAACCGCUGAAAUAACGUGAAGGGUAUUGAGAAUGAUCUUGAGAUGGCAAGCCACACAUUGUGAACUGCACUGAUUCUGGUUUCAUGUUUCCAGAACUUGUGUGGAUAUUGACUGGUAGCAGGUGAAAAGUUGAAGGAAUUUGUACAGUGUUCUAAGCAGUUUGAAGUUUGCAAUCCACAUUACACUUUUUUUUUUUUUUUUUUUUUUUUUUUUUAACCUUCAGAGAACUUUUACAGUGAGCAGCCACUGCAAAAGUAGUACAAAUACAAUUGAAUUAAAACAAAAUUUUUUUUGACUUGUACCCAUUGUUGUUUGAGAGUUGUAUUUGUUAAAAUAAUGUGCUUGUGCUUUCUCAGUUGGAGAAAAUUAAUAAUUCUUUAGAAGUUUAGUGAGGCUUUUGUAUCUGUUUUUGUAUUUGGAUUUUAUACAUAGUAACUGACUAUGAGCAUCAGGAAAUUUAAUAGAAUAUAAAGCAUGUAAAUGAAAGUAAAUGUUGUGUACCAUAGUAAGAAUAUAAAAAGAUUUAUUGUAUUGUUUGUCAGCUAUUAUCAAAGUGUUAGCUACUGUAUUUUACAAGCAGUUACACUGAAUCAUUAUAUUAAAUGCUUUUGACAUUGUGAUAAUUUUUAAGGGAUUUGUGAAGAAAUUAUUGGAGGAUAAUACAGGUAAUUAUUUUGUAAUCCUGAUUUUGGCAAGUACACACUUUGAUAUGGCUUAGUCUUGGGUAACAUUAAGUCACUUAAAAAGUAACUUGUCAUAAACUAUAACAAACUUGAUGUCAUUGAGAUCUGCCAAUCAAAGCACAUGUUUUAAUGUCAUCAAUCACAUUUUAUUGCUAGCUGUAUUUCAUGUCAUAAAAAUGUAGUGUCUACAUUGUAUUUUUGUGGGACCCUACAGUGAACAUAUGCUUUUGAUAUUAGUAAUGCUACUAGUUAAUAUUCCAUAAAAAAGAAUGAAAAUAGAGAUUGCAGUUAAAGUGAUAUACAGAACAAAUCAUGUAUUAUGCUAGGACAUACAGUGCAUGAAGUUGCUGUGACAUGAAUUAAAAAGCUUAGUGAAUUUCAUAAGCAGUUGUUGAAAAAAUGUUGAAAAUUUAAUGUACAGUAUUUAAAUGUUACUUGAAAAUUUUACAAAUUUUUAAAUGUAUGUUUAUGGCCAGCUUGGCAUUAAAGAAUAUUUCAAUUUGUGAGUAAUAAUACAACUUUCUGUGCA